AUGACCGUAAUGGACAAACAAAAGGCUCAGAUUGUAGAUGUGUUUUUCUUACCUGAUUUGGAUGAGGGUUCUACAUGCAACGCUGUAAGAAGUCGUUCCUACGAACCUCGCACUAAUGAUUCAACGUCUAUAUCAGAGGAAUUGGCCUUCGAUGUUGAUUCCAAGCCGAGAAUUGAAGUGAAAGAUCCUGUUCCUAACCAAGCUGUAGGAAUGGACGAUGUGCAACGCUUCAGACCAGAUUCUUCCAGCUGGAAAGCUCCUUCUUUGACUUUGAAUCAUGGAACUUGUGAAGGAUCCAGGGAUUCGAAAUUUGGUGAUAAAAGGCCAUUUGCAACACGCUCAAUGAGCAGACCUCUGGCAGCAUCCACAGAGUUUCGACAGAUGACCGUAAUGGACAAACAAAAGGCUCAGAUUGUAGUGGAUGAGGGUUCUACAUGCAACGCUGUAAGAAGGUAG